CCCCCGAAGCCCACCCGGAGGCCCGGAGAGCAGGUUCGGGAGGUCGGGGGCGGGAAGGCGGCCGGCAGAGAGACAGAGCGACUGGGAGACAGAUGAAGAGACCCAGGCAGAGAGAGGGGUCAAGGCCCGGGGACCAAGAGAUGCGGAGGUAGGGGAGGGCCCGGACGGGCCGGGGGAGCCGGGCCGGGGAGGAUACGGAGCGUCUUCCACGGGAAACGCGUCUUUCUGGCCCCGGCUCCGAGGCCCACCCCCGUCCCUCCCUUUUCCUGGAGGUGGGGUUCUUCCCCUCGCAAAAAGCCCCCGCAGCCGGCCCCCCGCAGCCGGAGCCGGCGGAGCCUCGGAGCGGGAGCCGCGGCCGGGGGGCCCCUCCGGAGCCCGAGCCAUGGGUCCGCCGGGGGACCCGCUCCCGGGUCGCUGACCUCGGGCGCCGGGCCCAGAGAGCGGGCUUGGAUCCGGACGCCGGGCCUCGCCGCUCGGGCCCGGCCCUCCGCGGGGCGCCAUGGCCUGGGCCCUCCGCUUCCUGUCCCGGCUGGCCGGCCUGUGCCUGGCCCUGGCCCCGGCCACGGGGGACCGGGAACUGACGGCGCUGCCCGUGCGGUUCGUCGUGGCGGAGGAAGUGGCCUCGGGCACGGAGAUCGGGCGGCUGCCCGGGGGGCCGGGGGCCGCGGGCGAGGCCGGCGCGGGGGGCUUCCGCGUCCUGCAGGCCUCGCAGGCCGCCCCGGUGCGGGUGGAGCCCGCCACCGGCCGCCUCCGCACGGAGGGCCGCCUGGACCGCGAAGCGCUGUGCCCGGGCCGUGACCCCUGUCUGCUGACCUUGGACGUCCUGGCCCCGGCCGGGCGCGCCAUCUUCCACGUGGAGGUGCUGGUCCGCGACGUCAACGACCACGCGCCCCGCUUCCCCAAGGCCGAGCAGGCCCUGGAGAUCUCGGAGAGCGCCGCCCCGGGCACCCGCGUCCCGCUGGACCGGGCCCUGGACCCCGACGCCGGCCCCAACGGCCUGCAGGCCUACGGCCUGUCGCCCAGCCGGCACUUCGCCCUGGAGGUGGCGCGCGGGCCCGCCGGGGCCCGCCGUGCCGAGCUGGUGGUGGUCCGGCCUCUGGACCGGGAGGCGCAGGCGGCCUUCGAGCUGGUGCUGAGCGCCUCGGACGCCGGGGCCCCGCCCCGCUCCGGGAGCGCCCUGGUCCGCAUCCGCGUCCUCGACUCCGACGACAACAGCCCCGCCUUCGCCGAGACCGCGCUGGCCGUGGCCGUCCGGGAGGACGCCCCGCCCGGCUCCCUCCUGCUGAACCUGACGGCCACGGACCCGGACCGGGGCCCCAACGGGGGGGUGGAGUUCGCCCUGGGCCCGCACGUGUCCGCCGAGGUCCGGGCCACCUUCCACGUGGACGCGGCCACGGGCCAGGUGCGGCUGCGCGGGCCGCUGGACUUCGAGCGACGGACGGCUUACGAGCUGGACGUCCAGGCCCGGGACAGGGGGCCCGGCCCCAUCCCCGCCCACUGCAAGGUCCUGGUCGACGUCCUGGACGUCAACGACAACGCCCCGGCCAUCCGGGUGGCCUGGGCCUCGCGGCCCCCCGGGGUGGCCGAGGGGCUGCCCCCGGGCCGCCUCGUGGCCCUGGUGACGGCCGGCGACGCCGACUCCGGGGCCAACGGGGAGGUCCGCUGCUCCCUGAGCCGGGGGCCGGGCCCGUUCCGGCUCCGGCCGACGCCCGGCCGCGGCUACCUGCUCGUGACGGCCGCCACGCUGGACCGGGAGGCCCAGGCCGAGUACCGCCUGACCGUGCUGGCCCGGGACGGCGGCGAGGCCCCGCGCUCGGCGCUGGAGCAGCUGACGGUCCCCGUGCUGGACGUGAACGACAACCCGCCGGCCUUCGAGAGGGCGGCCUACGGCGUGGCCUUGCGGGAGAACAACGAGCCCCCGACCCUCCUGCUCACCGUCCGGGCCCGCGACGCCGACCUGGGCCCCAACGGCCGGAUCGGCUUCCGCCUCCGGGACCCUCCGGCCGCCGGGCUGGUGGCCGUGGACCCGGUGACGGGCGCCGUCUCGGCCCUGCGGCCGCUGGACCGCGAGCGCGCCGCCGGCUUCGAGUUCCUCGUGGUGGCCGAGGACGGGGGCCGCCCGCCGCUCUCGGCCAGCGCCACCGUCCGCGUGAGCGUGCUGGACGCCAACGACAACGCCCCCGUGGUGCUCCGGCCAGAGCCCCGGGAUGGGCUGGCCCACCUCUCCGUCCUCGUCAACUCCUCCACGGGCCGGGUGCUGAGCCCGGCCGGGGAGGAGGGGCCCCCGGGCCCCGGGCCCGUGCCGCUGCUGACCGUCGUGGCCCGCGACGCCGACGCCGGCCCCAACGGGGACGUCCGGUUCUCCCUGCUGGGGUCCGGCGCGGGGGACCCGUUCGUCCUGGACCCCCGCUCGGGCCGGCUCUACCUGAACGUCAGCGACGCGGGGGCCCUGCUGGGCAGCGAGCGGGAGCUGACCGUGGCCGUGGCCGACCGGGGGUCCCCCCCGCUGGAGACCCGGCUGCGGCUCCGGGUCUCGUUUGCCGGCACCGCCGACGCCCAGAGGCGGCCGGCCCGGGGGGCGGCCGGCCCCCUGAGCCCCCCGGCCCUGACGGCCAUCUGCUUGGCCGCCCUGCUGGGCUCCUCGGGGCUGGGCCUGGCGCUGGCCGCGUCCGUCUGCAGGCGCGACCGCAGGCGGGUGGCCGGCGCCUACGACUGCCGCGUGGCCGAGACCGGCUGCCGCCCCGGGCCCCGGUGCCAGCGGAGGCCGAUCCGGAAAGCCGACAUCCGCCUGGUGCCCGGGGCCCGGGCCGGUCCCGCCGCGGGGCCGGAGGGCGGGCCGCGGGCCCGGCCCGCUCCCCCGGAGGCCCCGUUCCCUCUCACCCCGACCCUGUACCGGACCCUGAGGAACCAGAGGGACCCGGCGGGCUCCCCCGACGGCGGAGGGGUGACCCCAGACCCCCUAGGCCUGCUCCUCUUCCCUCCGCGGCGGAAGAGCGGAUCGAGGGAGAACCUGAGCCCGCCGGCCCCGCCGGCCCCGCCGGCCCCGCCGGCCAGGCCCGGCGACCCCCGGCCCUCGGGGCCCGCCGGCCCGGCCUCCUGCCCCACCCUGAGGCGGCAGAGGAACGCGGACCCCCAGACGGCCCCGGGGCCACGGCACAUCCUCCGGAGCUUGGUCCGCCUGUCGGUCGCCGCGCUGGCCGAGCGGAGCCCCGCGGAGGAACUCACGGCGGACUCCCUCCAGGUGCAGCAAAUCUCGCAGCUGCUGGCCCUGCUCCACCGAGGGCAGUUCCAGCCUCGCCCCAACCACCGCGGGAACAAGUACCAGGCCCGAGCGGCGGGGGACAGGUAACCCCCGACCCCCAACCCCGAGGACCCCUCCUCUUCCCGUCGGACGUCAACUCAUCCCUUCGCAGCGAAGCCCGCGCCAACGCGGAGACACGAUGAGAUUGGCAUUCGUCAAGCGCUCGCUGUGCGCCAGGCGCCGGGGACCCCGGGAGCGGAGACCGAUGGGCCGGGCCCCAAGGACGGGGAAGCCCCGGCCCAGACCGGCGAGGGCGAGGGGCCGGAGAGCGCCCCGGGCCUCUCUGUGAAGCGGAUGUUGGAGGAAGAACUGGAGAACCUGCUGGACCCCCAGACCGGCCUGGCGCUGGACGGGCGGACCUCCGUGGACCCGGCCUGGGUGGCCCGGCUGUCGCUGCCCCUAGCCGCCGACUACCACGACAACCUGUUCUCCGAGCCGGACGCCGGCCCCGAGGACCGGCCCCGCACCUUCCGGACGUUCGGCAAGGCGGCCGGGCCGGGCGCGGGUCCCGAGGCCUCGCGGACGACCGGCGCCAGCGCCUUCCUCUCGGAGAUGAGCGUCCUGUUCGAGGCGCUGCUGGCCCGGGACCAAGGCGGGGUCACCGAGGCCGAUGCCAACGAAGCCGCCUCCCGGGUGCUGCAGCGGCUCUCCGACUGCGGAAAGACCCUGGGGCUGGACUUCCCCGGGGGGGCCGGGGUUUGAGGCCCGUCCCGGGGCCGCCGGCCUCGGCCGCCGCCCGCCGCAGGGCGACCGGAUCCCCAGAGGGCACCUUCCCCCGCGACGUCUGGCUCCCCGGACUGCCGACGGCGGCACCCCUGAGGCUCGGGGAAAGAACCGGGGCCCCGGGAGGGCUCCCGGCCUCGCAGAGGGACCGGUGCCUUCCGGGGGUCCCGUGCUCGCAGGGAAGCAGCCCGCGGCUGGCGUCGGGCGAAGCGGUAUCCCCCGCCAACGCUCAGCGGGGCAGAGAGGCCGGCCGGAACCCACUCGGGAGACUCGGGUUGGAGUCCCAGCUCUGCCGCUGGCCUGCCGUGCGACCACGGGAAUGUCGCUUACCCUCUCCGGGCCCCUGCCUCACCUCUAAACCGGGGAUGAGAGGCCUGCUCUCCGUCCCUCUUAGACCGUGAGCCCCGAGCAGGACGGGGACUGGGUCUGAGUGGAUCAUCUCGGGCCCACUCAAUAUUGGCACCUAGUAAGCGCUUAAUAAAUGGUUAGUUAAUGAA